AUGUACAUACCUCAUGAUAUAAUCUAUCUAUCUAUCUAUCUAUCUAUCUAUCUAUCUAUCUAUCUAUCUAUUACAUCUGUUUAUCUAUCUAUCUAUCUAUCUAUCUACAGUCUGUUUUUUUUAAUAUCUAUCUAUCUAUCUAUCAUCUAUCUAUCUAUCUAUCUAUCUAUCACUGUCUGUUCAUUAUCUAUCAUCUAUCUAUCUAUCUAUCUAUUACAGUUUGCUACUAUCUAUCUAGCUAUCUAUUACAGUCUGUUAAUAUCUAUCUAUCUAUCUAUCUAUCUCGGUCUGUUCAUUAUCUAUCUAUCUAUCUAUCUAUCUAUCUAUCACUGUCUUUUAAUAUCUAUCUAUCUAUCUAUCUAUCUAUCUAUCUAUCUAUCUAUCUCAGCCCACUGCUUCUUGCAGAUAUAUUGGAUAGGUUCCGAUGCUAAACUUAUCUAUCUUUUUGACAAUAUUUCCGAAGAAUUAGAAAGAUAA